AUGCAUCAUGGAUUCAAAUCCUUCCGCGAGCCUGAGCAAACCUGCUAUACUUAUGCCGAAGAGCUUUUAAUGGCAGAACAGCAGCACAGAACCCCUAUCACAUUGCCUGCAAAUACACCAACUCUUCCCGUUGGACGAAGGAGCAAUCGCGACGUUAUGCCCGAUAGUGGAGCAGGGUCGAGAACUUGGACGAUGCCCCUCCAUAUCGCUAUUACUCGAGGUCAUUUCGCGGCGGUUAGACUUCUCCUUGAUCGCGGCGCUGAUCCAAAUGCAGUCGACGGAACAGGGUCCACAGCGCUUCAUGCAGCCGUUCGGGGUGGUCAUCACACCAUCGUACGUGAGCUCCUUCGGUAUAGUGCCAAUACGAGCAUGGUUGACGCGGCCGGUUGGCUGCCGCUGCAUUACGCCGCUGAGACCGGCGACGAACGCUGUCUGGGGAUCUUACUGCAAGCAGGCGGGGGAUGA